AUGCCGCACCGAAAGGCGAAGAAGGAAACUGGCACGGCAUCCCGCGCCUCCACCACCAAAAAGGUGGAAGCGGCGGCAGCAGCGAGUAAAGCAGUGGCGCGUGCGACGAAGGAGGAGACGGAGCGUGCGGAGUUGGCGGAGUGGAUCGACAAGAAUGACCCCUUGUAUGACCGCUCUGGAGCACCCCCGGUGACCAUCAGCGAGCUUCUGUCGACGAAGCUCCUCCACAGGACAUUUACAAAGGAGGGUAUGGGAGAGAUGCCGUACAACUGGUCGAGGCUGCGUGGCAUUCUGGAGGCCAGGACUCCCACCAGCCCCCGCUGGUUCAUGCAGCUACGCGAGGAGGACCUCCUCAUCGACGGCGGACUGGACGGUGUAACAGUGGACUGCGUGGUGAUUGCAGAAGCCAGCGUGCCCACCCUCGCCCCAGCGCACUACAUUGUGAAGCAGCACAUGCCCUANUGUAACAGUGGACUGCGUGGUGAUUGCAGAAGCCAGCGUGCCCACCCUCGCCCCAGCGCACUACAUUGUGAAGCAGCACAUGCCCUACAGUGA